CCAUGUUCCAACACAGAUCUUCUCUUCUCCUUCUAUCUUCCAAUCUUGUCUGCAAUUUUCUUGUGUUUGAAAAGAUCAGAGGGCAUGGAGGAGGUGAGCCUUGAGCUUCUCAAGAAGAAAAUGGAGGAUUUUGCUAAAGAAAGAGACUGGGAAAAGUACCACAUCCCUAGAAAUCUUCUUCUUGCUAUGGUAGGGGAAGUUGGAGAACUGUCUGAAAUAUUCCAAUGGAAAGGAGAGGUGGCAAAGGGUCUCCCAGAUUGGGAUGAAGCAGAAAAGGUUCACCUUGGAGAAGAGCUCUCAGAUGUUUUGCUUUACCUCAUCAGACUCUCUGAUAUGUGUGGGAUUGAUCUUGGCAAAGCUGCUCUCAGAAAGGUUCAACUCAAUGCUCUCAAAUACCCAGCACCCACCCAUCAUUCCACCACAAAAGCAGACCACACUGCAGCCUAGCCUAGCCUAGCCUAGCUAGCUACAACCUUAAUUAGCUCACUAGGAGUGUCGGAACAACGUUAAUUGUGUCUGUUAGCUGAAUUGGGGUGGAGUGGGGGUAGUGAUUGGCUCUUGUGCCUACAUGCAUGCAUGAUUUUGGAAGGUUGUUUGGUGUUGUUUUGUUAUUGUGAUUGAAGGUUUCUUGAAAUUAUUGAAGUGUUUCUAGAAUUACGAA